AUGGCAACCAAAGUAUCCGAUCAGCAGAAGCUGAUGGAAAUCUUGCUGGAAACGGAGCGCGUUGCCGACCGGAUUCUGGCCUACAAGCAAGAGCUGGUGGAGCUGGACAAACGGCGCCAGGAUACGCGCGAGGCACUCCGCUUGAUCGAGAAACACAUACCCGCCAAGCAGAAGCGGGUCUGGAUAACGAUCGGUUCGAUGCUGGUAAAGCAAGACCGUGCAUCGGCGAUAGAACUGUUGCGCAAGGAUCAGCAAACGACCGAAGCGGAAAUCGAUCGGAUACGGCAGGAACAGAAGCUGCUGGUUGCUAAGCAGCGCGAUCUCGAGCACGAUCAGCCAUUGCGGGGUUUUAAUUUGAAACCCCUAAGCAAUGCGGAAAUUGCCGGCAUACGGUCGAAUAUGCCUGGCUUUUGA